CCUCAGUCUUGCUGUCGCCAAUACAAAUUCGCACGUGGUACGCGUGGUGCACCGCAAUCCUUCCCCUUGCAUGACCUUCCCCCCGUCCCCCCGCUCUUGUUCCCGUCCAAGGUGUGUUGAAGCUUUCCAAAACGCGUAUGGCUGCUGUGCCACACCGGACCUCGACUCUGGUGCUGCCGCGGCUGGCGUCGAGUUGGCGGUGCACAGCUGCGCCCUGGACCACAUUCGAAUUUUCCCGUCGUUACAGCGCAACAUUGUGUUUCGCACUUUUGUCGCAGGAAAUUCAAACCUUUCGAACGAAACAUGGCAUAAGUGCGUGGCGGACACGCCUCGUCUCGUCUUUGCUCUGACAACAGAGCGCUUCCGACAGAAAUGCACGCCGCGAACCCGCAAGAAAACUCCAGACACUGUAGAAAAGAGGAAAGGCGGCCAGGAAGAGCAGGGCCCUGCUGCAUGCGCCGGCGGUUGGAGGCGAGAGUGCCUCCCGGCUUGGGUGCCCGCAACGUUGCGUUUUUUCUCCCUGUUGCACGAGGAGGAAGCAGCGACUGGAAUAUCCUCCAGUUUUUCCAACGACGCGCGGUUGACGGAGAAAACUGCCGCGUAGGGGUCGUGUACACAGGCCGAAGGCUUGUUCCAAGUCACAGUCUCACCCGUUUCUUGCGGUCCACGGAAUCGCGCGCGCCUCACCGUCCGACCGACCUCACUGGAAGCUGAGAAGCCACAAGGACGCAGCACCUUUUGCUCAAGUGCUGUCUCGUACAUGCGGAUCGCCUGCCGGGCUGCCGCAGUCGAGAAACGCUCUUUUCCGAAACGUGUCUCGUGCAGCGUACUCUUUCGAUACGUUUCUCUGUCCGGAAUCUGUGGUGCUUUACCGAAAGGCCGUUG